AACCGAUCGUUUUGUAACUGAAUAUCCACAAAAAGCUGCAACACAAACACUUGCUGAGAACUUCUCUCACUCACUGUGUGUAUGUGAAAGAGAGAGAGAGAGCCGACAAUGGCGGGAUUGAAUAUAUUAUCUCAGACUCCGUCGCCAUGGCAGCUGUCAGCUUCAUCCACAUCAUCAUCAAUAUCAUAUUCUUUAAGAUUUCCACAUUUUUAUGAUUUUAAUAAUAAUUACAAUUGCGGCGAUUUCAAAUGCUCGACAAAUUUUCCCCUUUCUGGAAACCCAAGACCAAAGCGUCCAACUUUAUCCUCUCAAAUGCUGCCUCACUUCUCCAAUUCUUCAGGCAGUGAAUGUUCAUGGAUGCAAGAUAAAUCCGCUUCUUGUGAUAAUUUUUCCCCUAAUGGAAGGAAGCAAGGUGCAUUGAAUGCUGCGUCUUCAAAAGAACGAGCACUAGUUUCUUCUGUGGACGAUCUUUAUGACUUCAUAUGCUCAGGCCCACUCAUCAGUAAGAUUGGUCUGACACCAGAAAAGGUGGCCGAGUCCAUUGACGAGUGGAUAGAGUAUGGAUUACGGCUUUGUAGAUUGUUUCAACUCAAUCAGUUGUCUCUCAACGAGGCCCAAAAAAUUCGAAUCUACCACUACUAUAUUCCAGUCUUCUUGUGGUGUGAACAAGAAAUUUCGCAGCAUAGUUCUAAGUUCAAAGAAGAAGAAGAAAUCCCUCCAUUGGUGAUUGGCUUCAGUGCGCCUCAAGGAUGUGGAAAGACAACACUAGUAUUCGCAUUAGAAUAUCUUUUUAAAAUCACAGGGAGGAAAGCUGCGACAGUAUCCAUUGAUGAUUUUUACUUAACAGCAGAAGAACAGGCAAAACUAAGAGACAGCAACCCAGGGAACUUGCUUUUGGAGUUUCGUGGAAAUGCUGGAAGCCAUGAUCUUCCAUUUUCUGUUGAGACUCUGACAGCACUAAGUAAAUUGACAAAAGAAGGUGUGAAGGUGAAGCUUCCAAGAUAUGAUAAAUCUGCUUACAGUGGUAGAGGUGACAGAGCUGAUCCCUCCGAAUGGCCAGAGGUUGAAGGGCCUCUACCGGUAAUUCUGUUUGAAGGAUGGAUGCUUGGUUUCAAACCCCUUCCACCUGAAGUUGUCAAAGCUGUUGAUCCACAGCUAGAGACGAUCAACAAGAACUUAGAAGCUUAUUAUGAUGCAUGGCAUAAGUAUGUCAAAUCAUGGAUUGUCAUCAAAAUUCAAGAUCCUAGUUAUGUCUACCAAUGGCGUUUGCAGGCGGAGAUCGCAAUGAGAGCUGAUGGGAAGCCUGGGAUGUCUGAUGAGGAGGUGAAGGACUUUGUAUCCCGCUACUUGCCAGCAUACAAGGCUUACCUUCCCACACUGUACUCAGAAGGACCUUCUGGCUCAGAUCCAAAGCAUGUUCUUCUCAUUGAUAUUGACGAAGGGAGAAAUCCCAUCCUCGGUUGCUAAGGGUUGGCAUGGCUAGGAUGGACAUCAAGUACAGCAGCAGAGCAUGUCCAGACAGCACUCGCAGGUCUCAUAGCAACAGAAGCAGCAACACAUUGCGAACACACUGCAUUCAUUCAGUCAAGUAAAUCUGUCUUACUAUCCAUAUUGUGUUAAGGUCAAAUAUAACUAGAAGAAACACACUACGACUCAAAUUUAUAUUGCUCUAUUCAAGCUCAUGUAAGUAGGUCAUUGGUGAAAAUUUUAAGCUAAAACACAAAUUUGUCAGUUUCUUGUG